AUGGGUUGCUUUGGUUCGGCCGGAUCGAAACAGUCGGACUCGAACAGCUCCGAGGACACGAAAAGCCAGAAACGACGCAGCGAUGCCAUCACGCGGCAACUGCAGAAGGACAAACAAGUGUACAGAGCCACUCAUAGACUUCUUCUACUCGGUGCCGGCGAGUCCGGCAAGUCCACAAUUGUAAAGCAAAUGAGAAUAUUGCACGUGAACGGGUUUUCCGACAGCGAGCGGAAGCAAAAGAUAGAGGACAUCAAGAAGAAUAUUCGCGAUGCAAUUUUGACAAUUACCGGUGCAAUGAGCACGCUGACACCGCCUAUUCAAUUAGAGAAACCGGAAAAUCAGGCCCGAGUAGACUACAUUCAGGAUUAUGCGUCAGGCCCCGAUUUCAAUUAUCCACCGGAGUUCUACGAGCAUACCGAGGAGCUGUGGAAAGAUCGCGGAGUGCAGCAAACAUACGAGCGAUCGAAUGAGUAUCAAUUAAUCGAUUGUGCUAAAUACUUUCUGGACCGUGUUAGUGAAAUCAAGCAGCCUAACUAUACUCCAACCGAGCAAGAUAUCCUUAGAUGUCGUGUGCUAACCUCCGGUAUAUUCGAAACUAGGUUUCAGGUUGAUAAAGUGAACUUCCACAUGUUCGACGUUGGCGGUCAGCGUGACGAGCGGCGUAAGUGGAUCCAAUGUUUCAACGAUGUCACAGCAAUCAUCUUCGUGACGGCGUGCUCUAGUUAUAAUAUGGUCCUGCGUGAAGAUCCAACCCAGAACCGGCUACGAGAGUCGCUGGAUCUGUUUAAAAGUAUUUGGAAUAAUCGAUGGUUAAGGACCAUAUCCGUUAUAUUGUUUCUAAACAAGCAGGACUUGCUUGCGGAAAAGAUAAAGGCAGGCAAAAGUAAACUGUCCGACUACUUCGGCGAGUUCAAUCGUUACCAAACGCCAGCUGACGCUGUCUGUGAAGUGGGUGAAGAUCCAGAAGUGAUUAGAGCGAAAUAUUUUAUAAGAGACGAGUUUUUGCGUAUAUCAACGGCGAGUGGCGACGGCAAGCAUUACUGCUAUCCACAUUUUACUUGUGCGGUAGACACGGAAAACAUCAAGAGAGUUUUCAACGAUUGUCGAGACAUCAUUCAGCGGAUGCAUCUGCGGCAGUAUGAGUUGUUAUAGAUAUACUUAAUGAUUUCGAUUCAACAAACACUUGGUCGUCUCAUUUUAGUUGUGUCUACCGUGAAACAAAUAUCAAACCUAGCCAAACUAUACUAAUUUUAUAACAAAACCAAUGUUUGAUUAGGAAUUAAUCAAAGAAAAAAAGGAAAACCACGCAACACACAAACCACACACAUAUAUAAAACAUUCAGCCUCUCAAACGUACAAUGUCCCGACACCCACACAGACACACCCACACACUAGUUCACGGAUUAACACACUAAGAACGCGCGUGCGUGAGAGCAAACGUGGAACGGAGGAGGAUCAUCUUCGACUGUAAUACGGGUGUAUCGGCGAAGGAGCAAACGGAGCAGCAACCAGAACUAGCACCGCGGGCAUCCGGGCGAAUGAGGAUCAGCGCCUGGAUUCUGGAGUCCUGACAAUGGAAUAACGGCCGAAGGACAGAAGCUACAGCGCAGAUAUAUACAAAGCAACAAUUGCCGUCAAAAAGCGCAAAAGUUAGUUACGAAACCGAAAACGAUCCAUUUCAACAUCUGCGGCGAGACGCGAUCGAUCGAUCGAUCGGAUCGAUCGGAUCGGAAGGAACCGAUCACUAGAAAACGUCCAUUAGCUUCAUUGCCGUUUUCUUUAUUCGUGUUCGUUACCGCCGUCACCGUUGGAAAAGAGUGCGCGCGCCAUGAUGGUGCGUCGUGUGCAGCAGUGAAACUGAAGCAGG